AACUGUACGCGCCAAAUGUGUGCAAUUCCCGACUAUUUAAUGGCCGGAUUUUGGCUCCUCCUCUACCCCGUCACAAACUCUCUUUCUCUCUGUAGUUUUUACUUGACUCUGUCAUUUUCAUGCGAUUUCUGGUUCUCUUUUUAUCAGUUCCUCUGUAAUGGAACCUUGCAUUGAUAGUAGGAAGCGAGUACGAGAUGAAUCGAAUGAAUCUCUGUUCAAUUUUGUCGGCUCCAAGAUCCUCCGAUUUGAUUCCGCUGAAUUCAAUUUCAUCUCGCCGGAUUUUGACGAUGCACCGGUUGAUUCCGUUUCAUCAGAUGCAGAAUCGAUCGUUUCAAAACAGAGUGGAGCUAUUCACAGCAAUGAUUCAGGCCUGGACUCCUUUCAGCCACUUCCAAUUCGGGAAGACCUACUGAAGAUUCUCGACGAAGCCGACGUUUCCAUAGAUCGCGAAUUGGCGAUUCCAGAUCUCGACUCUGUGAUCAGUAGCUUCGAGAAGGAAAUAAACGUCCCGGUGCCUGCUGUUCAACCGGAACUUGGAUACCUUCUAGAAGCCUCGGACGACGAAUUAGGGCUUCCGCCCGCCGCCUUGAAAGGGGAGAUGGAGCCUGUUAAUUUUGGGGGCAAAUAUUCAGGUAUCGCCGGUAUGAAAGGAUUCUUAGGAUUUGAGGACGAAGUUCCUAAUUACUGUUGGCUCGAAAAUUUGAGCAGUGAGAUUGAAUGGAAUCGGAGUGAAGACGAGGUGGCGGCGUUGGGUGGAUUGUUGGAUCAUAAUACGGACGGAGCGGUGGAGAUGCCGCCGUAUCGAUCGGAGACCAUGUUCUGUUUAUAGUAUGAUGUAUGGUGUGUAUGGUAUUGGAAUGGGAAGAGAUGUGGUCGGUUAAAUUAAUUAAUUUACCAGAAAUUUAAAAUUUGAGUUGAGAUAAAAGUAGAAUUUAGUA